AGCGCGGAUGGCUUGACUGCGUUUUGCAAGCUACCGGUAGACGUCUAGAUUGAAUCAAAUUAUUCCACACUUUUUAUUUGUGUUUGUAUGAUUCCAUUGCGCCACAGGCAGAAGGACCGCUUUCCCCCGAGUGCGUAAGUGAACCACAUUUUUUGGUGAUCUAUUGAGUGGAGGCAAGUUAAUUUUUCACCUAACUUCUGAGUUCUUGGAUUACUUGGUGGGGGGCCAAGGGAACUGGCAAUGGGAGCGUGCCUUUGCUGUGCCUCGUACAUUUUUACAGCCUGGUGCCAAGGGACAACAACAACAUGGGUAGCGGUAGUAGUUGUGGAAAGAAGGUUGCACCUGCGAGUGUCAACGAGAUAAACGCAUUCAAAAGAGAUGACAACACAGUCCAUGUUUCGAAAGAGGAAAGUCACUUGUUCAAACCAUUGAAGAUACCCAAAUUGACGAACUUCAAUCAGUCACGAAACAUAGCGCAACAACUAGACUGCCACAGUGAAGGACACGACUCGGAAUUUUCAGUAGAGGAUUAUGACGUUGAUGUGGAACUGGACCAGGUUCUAGAGGAAUAUGACAAUCGGGAAUUGCGUUCCAAAAGGAAAACUUUUGCAAAGACGCUUUUAAUCGGGUCAGACACGUAUGGAUUCUGUAAUUCCAGACGGGUCCACAAUGAAAGCGAUUUCAAUUCAACCCCUCACUUGCAGAGUUGUGAGUUGUCGGAAGGGACGGGGGCACAUUGUCCAUAUAACGGUUCUGUUGAAGUCAUCAACAAGGACAAGCAUGUCUUUCACCACUUUUCCAAAGAUACACACAUUCAGUUCCCAAGCGCCACUCAGGAAAAUGACUUCUUGACAAAGGGGACUUGUGUGGAGUCAGUGCCUCGCUCAGAAUCAGACUCAGUCCCUGACGAUAGCCACGGCCCCUCUCUUUCCAUGCCCGUCAUCCUAUAUGAUGGAUCAGAAGUGGACCUGAUGGAGACCAUAGAGAGAGAGUUUAGUUGACCCCACAGGAGAGACUGGUGGCAACCUGCUCACAUUUCCUGCAUUCACUUUUGGAGAAAGUGCUCACAUUGCUCAUUUUAAAGAUGUACUAUGUUGCUAAAAUUCGAAUAGUUCGCCUAAUAUCAGUUUAUGUGUCAAAACAAGCAAGUUUAGUGUAAGGAAUCAUUGCACCAUCUAAAUCGCUGUGAAAUAUAUUUUCGAUAACCAAAAAUAUAGUAUUUUCAGCUGUUUGA